AUUCUGAGUGAAAAAAGGUUGUUUUUUGUGCAUUUUAAAGUAAAAGAAUUAAAAUUUCUUAAAUCAUGGAUUUCGCGACGGGAGGAAUUCAAGGAAAUUUCUAUGGAGGGUCGAUGGCAGGACAGAGAUUUGAUCCAUUGACUUUUAUACAACGUCCUCCGGUUAUUGUUCGGGCUAUUUGUUGGCUUUUCUCAUUAGUUGUCUUUGGAUCAAUUACAAGUAACGGUUGGAUGAAAGAUGAAAACAACAAGGACAUCUGUAUAAUUAAUAAGAAUGGAAGUGUUUGUAGUUAUGCUGUGUGGAUUGGAUUAAUUGGAUUCUUUGCUGCCAUGGGAUUUAUUGCUGGAGAAUAUCUUUUCGAUCAAAUGUCAUCAGCGAAAUCUCGAAAGCAUUAUGUCAUUAUUGACAUGGCAUUUUCAGCAUUCUGGGCAUUCAUGUAUUUUGUAGGAUUCUGCUACAUUAGUUCUCAAUGGAGUAAAUCUGAAGAUCCACCAAAUGGUGUUGGUUCAGGCAAUGUCACAUGUGCCAUACUCUUCUCAUUCCUCUCAAUAUUCACUUGGGCUAUUUCUGCUUAUUAUGCAUUCUUAAGAUAUAAAACUGGUGUUCAAGAAAUUCCAUUCCAGUCAACGUACGAAAGUGAUGGAAUGAAUCAAGGUGGAUAUUCAUCAUAUCCUGAUGCAAAUGAUAAUGAGCAAUAUCAGGAACCACCAUUCUCACAGCCUCAAAUGGGAGUACAACAAAUGGGAGGACAACAAAAUUUCCAAGCUCCAACUUAUUAAACAAAUAACAAAACGUGUUGUUCAUUGAAGUAUUGCACAUUGAUAAAAAAAAGUUCUCAAAAAAAAAACUAAUACCGUUUGUGUGUUCGACUACAUAAAAAUAUAUACAUAAUUAAAACAUUGAGAGAAAAAAAAAACAAGUAUUCUAAUAAGUGAAUUAAAGGAAAUGAGUAGCAUCAAAUAUCUAAGAAAAAUUAAAUAACACCACAACUGAUCAAAAAAACAUUUGAAAGAUAUUUACUACAAAUUUUGUUGCAUUGAAUAUUAUAUAUACAUACUAAGAGGACGAGGAUUGAUACACAAAAGAAACAUAUGAUGAAUUAUAGGAAAUUUGAUAUACAAGCCACUUUCGAAACGUUUUAUUGAGUGGCGGACGUGUAGUUUUCCAUUUUAGUGAUGAAUUGAGAUUAGAUUUUGGACAAGAUAAUCUCCAACAGUCGUUUUGUAUUCAAACUAAGUUGGAAAUAAAAACAAAAAUGGCGGAUUGUUCCACUUCGAGAAAAUUAAUUCAAAUAAUUCAAGAGAAAUCCUAAUUAGAUAUCGAUUAAGCAAUUAGUUUGAAUCUUUAGACUGGCAAGAGACAGAAUAUCAAGUUCUUAUGAACUUAGACAUUUAGGAAUUAUAGUAUUUGGAUUAAAAUAAGAAUUUCAAAAUGGCUGACGCCAACACGUAUAUUGAUUAAUUUUCUAUGAAAAAUUAAUAAUCAAUCAACACAUAAAGUCAUUAGAACUAUGAUAAAUAGAAGACCAAAGCUUUAACGAGCUAAGCAUUGAAUCGUUGAAAAGUGCAAAGGGCGUAAGUUUCUAAUGCACAAAUUCGAAGAGUCCUCAAUCCUAAUAAUCCCAACACUGAUCCCUAAGAUGGAAAAUUCACUCAAAAAAGAAAAUAAUAAAUUAAGUAAAGCUUUUGGGUGGCGGAAUUGUUUUAUAUGGGAAUAAAUAACACAAAAAAAACAGUAUUAAGUAUAAAUGUAUAAUGCAAAAAGGCAAGAAACAUAAAAGUAAAAAGAAAAGCAAGACAUUAAGUAGUUGAUGUAUGACAAAUGAUAAUACAUAAUCUCUGAGCGAUAUUAAUUUUAUCUCAUGUCUGAAAUUUAUUUAUGACAUAUCGUUUCGUUUAAUUCUCACACCAUUCCCUGCACAUGAAAAUUCUCUUUAAAUUGGACUAUAAAAACUAGGUUUAGUAGGGAAGAAAAAUAAUUUGAUAUUAUUACAUUUUUUAAUGAUGAAUUAAGUUUAAUAAAUGAAAAAAAUUCUCCUCUUAGCAUUUUUGUGCAUAAAUAUCAAAUAUGCCUGGGGUGUGGUGGCUUGUAACUUACGAAUAGUCGUAUUAUUCAAAGCUACUCGUCAUCAUGCCCUUGUAAAAUGCUAAAAGGUUCGUAAUAAAAAUUGAUAAUAAUUAUAAAAAAAUUAAUCAAGUUUUAUAAUAGAAAAAAAUUAAAAUAUUUAACAGAAACAAAAAAAAAUUGAGAUUUGCAUUAGAAUUUUUUUGUAUCAUUAUUAAGAAGAAGGAAUAAUAUUAAAGACGAAGAUAAAUCACAAAUUUGACAUACACAAAUGAUAACAUUAUACAUAAAAAUUGAAAUAUAUUUUAAGGCUUUGAAAAAACUCAAUGGAAUGGAUGAAAAAUCUACUUAAAAAAUAUAAUAUUUAUUACAAGUUUGAAAACAAUGCAAAUAAUGAAAUACACUCAAAUUGAUUGGGGUUGAUUGACAUUUUGAGAGGUUGGAAUAUUUUUGAAGAUGAUUUUUUGAUGAAAACAGGAAUUUUUAAACAUAACCUCAAAAAGUUCUUCUAGGACUUUACUUACUAUUUUGCAACUUUAACUUCCAUACAAUGGCACAAUCCUCAAACUUUGAGAAUUAAUCCAGUUACCAAAACCCAAUCAGGCUUAUUUCUAAACCUCCUGAUUCAAAAAACCUCAAUCACAAAUUUUUUACAGUAUCUGAAUGAUAGACAAUGAAUGCCCACCAAAAUAAAAUUUCAUUCAUUCAUGUCGCCAUAAAUAUAAAAAUUCUAUGUCCUUAGUUCAGUGAUAGCUAGCUACAAAUUUCUCGAAUCAUACAAUUUUAGCUAGUUGACAUUAAACCACGAAGGAAAAAUGUCAAAAGUCAUUAAUCAAUAGAAACCAGAACAAAGCAAAAUUAGUCAUAUCUAAACACAAACAAAACAAUGAAAUAUCCUUAAACUCAGCUUGUUUGAAAACGACGAAGGAUAGGAGAAGAAAAACAAAUUUGGAACUCAAAAUAUAAACAUAAAUCUCAUAAAGCAUAAAUUAAAUUAUUAAGUAAACAAAUAAGUAGAAGUCUGUGUACAUUAAAUUUAAUAAAAAUGAAAUAUGAAUUAAAAAAUAAAUAAAAAUUGUUGGAGAAAAAUUAAAAAAAAAAU